AUGUGCUAUGAGAAGCGCCAAAUGAUAUCCGCCCUGAGGACCUUUGAUCUAGCUAAAGUGGACUGCAAGGUCCCUAGAGACAAGGACUUCAUCUAUGAAGGCAUCCGGAUGUGGUACCGGAGCCCAGAAGGCUUCGAAGAGUAUGUCAGAGGCCCAUUAGCAGACGAACUUACUGAGCCUUUCUUCUUCCUGACGCUGCCAAUGGUGUACUGGGCGAUGGCUAUGACACCGGUGGUCUCGGCGGAGAUGGAUGUGUGGCUGCCUGCACUUCAGCAGGGUAUGUCCACUGAUAAGGCGGUUGCGGCCUUUUUGGUGCUGGUCUUGACCGCUCCUCUCUUUUGUAUGAACAUCAUGCAGCUGAUUCUUUUCUUGUGCGAACACCUUUCCAGCAAGCCGGCUGGAUUUCUCGAGUAUUGCAAGACUAUGCUGGUGUGGCUUAUCAUGGUCCUGGUGGUGUUCUUCUUUGUGCUGCUGGCAGGGCCGUAUAUUCAACAAGCUCGAAUUCCAGGGGGGAUUAUUGCUGCGACGACGAACUUGAUCAUUUUUUAUGUCAGCUUUCGCUGCAAAAAAGGAUAUGCCGACUGA